UCCUACAUUUUGAAGAUAAGUGUUAAACGUGAAGCGUCUUAUUAUUGUAGGAUACUACACAUGAAGUUAUCAAUCCUCUUUGUUGCUUUCUUCACUACCAUCAAGCCUGAUCUAGGGGAAGGAGGUAACAUAACCAGUAACUGCACGGAGCACGGAAUCAUUGGGCAGAUGGCAAACUUAACGUGUUAUGGAUAUUUUAGAGUAGAAAUAUAUUGGGUUCGACCAGCAGAUGCUGAUAUAGUAAGAUGGUGUGACAAUCGCAAACUAGCGUGUAAAUCAAAGCCCGGAUACACCAGUCCCACGGAUGGAGAUCUAAACAAAGACACUUUGGUGAUAUUGUCCUUAGGUCAAAAAGAUAUUGGUCUGUGGACAUGCCAAGAUGAAGAUAAAAAUGGAUCAAUUCACCACUCAAUUGCUAAAUGUCGGAUAACCGCAACAAACAAAACACAGGAUGCAACUAGUUCUACCGGUGGUCCAACCACGCCAACAACCACGCCAUCCACCACGCCAGCAACCAGUUCUACCGAUGGUGCAACCACGCCAACAACCACGCCAUCCACCACGCCAGGCGACAAAACAACCAGUUACUUGAUUGUAGGUGCGAUAGCCGGUUUCUGCAUUCUGUGUCUGAGUGUAGCAAUAUGUGCAUAUCUGGUCAGGAAGCGAUCAAAACAGAAAGAUGCAGAAAAUCCACAGACGCCAUACAAGAUAAUGGAACACGAGGAAAAAGAAGAAACUCAGCAAACAGACAAACAGCAUGAAAAAACAAAAAACAAAACAAAAUCAAAAAAGAAAAAAACACCAAACAAAAGAAAGAAAAACACACCAACAAACAAACCAAGAGGAAAAUCUCGCAGGUCUACAAGGCGAUAGAGAACCGGCGGAAAUCACCUGAAAAAGUCAACAAAGGCACAUGGAAAACGUAUAUUCAACGGUAUGUAGGCAGUGCAGCUAAAGCAGUGAGGAAAAUCACAGACUGAGGAGAUGCAGGGGGAGGGGGAUACGUCGCCCGCCAGUGGCCAGACAGUCACAUCAACAGUCUAAUCACUGAACCACACCUGAUUUUCAUUCUCACCUGGCAAUGACAUGCGUAAGGACCGAAUACCUCAGUUUGAUAUACUGAACUUUUAUUAUUAUUAUUAUUAUUAUUAUUAUUAUUGUUAUCAAUUAUUAUUAAAUUGUUUAAUGUAUGUAUGUAUGUAUGUAUGUGGGCCUGUAUGUAAUUAUUAUUAUUAUUAAGUUCCCAAGCCAAGGCUGGUCAACCUAUUGUUUUUUGUGAGAUUAUUAUUACUAUAGUAUUACGACAAUAUUAUUUUUACUGUUGUAAUCUACUAAUAAACUGUCGUUUUACAU